CGGUCCUUCAGCUUCACCUGUGUCCUUCAGGGUCGCGCGCUGAGGUGUUUAUGAGGAAGAGGAGUCAGAUGAAGGUGAACAGGGGCUCGCGCUGCACAGCACCAUGCAGUCUGCACGCGCACGGACCACUGUUGUUGUGAAGCUCCAGGUUAAUAUUACACUCUGUACUCUCUGAUCCAGUAUCAGUGUCUGCAGAGGGUCUCCUGGACCCCUCCUUAUUCGCUGCAGAAUAAACUGAUGUGUUUCUGCAGCUCUGAACAGCAUGGCGGGGGGGUUUGGCUGGAUGAAGGUGGCAGCCUGCAGAACGACACCGGGUGGCAUGCAGGGGGCCGGGAACCAAAGGCUGGUCCACAUGCAUCCCAGCGCCGUGUCAGAGAGGGAGACGUUGAUGAAACCGUCCAGAUGUGCAGCGUUCUCCUCUUUCUGCGGAGGAGCAUCGAGCGCUAAACGUCUGAAAUAUCUCAGAGAGGAGGCCAUGUUCUCCGGGCACACCAGAUCCUUCACCACAGAUCCUGCAGAUAAGACGGGAAACACCAAGAAGACAGACAUCAAGCCGCACAAACAAGUGCUGAGUGACAGAUCCAGGGAGAGGAAGGUUCCCGUCACUCGGAUAGGACGCCUCUUCAACUUUGGAGGUCUGGCGGUCGGCCUGGGUUUCGGAGCGAUCGCUGAAGUGGCGAAGAAGAGUUUCCAGCCUCAACAGAAAGGAGACAAGAGGUCUGCCCUGGACUCCAGUGCGUUCCUGUCUGAAGCGAACGCUCAGAGGAUCGUCCGGACGCUCUGCAAAGUCCGAGGAGCCGCUCUGAAGAUCGGGCAGAUGCUCAGCAUUCAGGACGACGCCAUCAUUAACCCUCAGUUGGCCAAAAUCUUUGAGCGUGUUCGACAGAGCGCUGACUUCAUGCCCCCCAGCCAGAUGAUGAAAGCAGUCAGCAGCGACCUCGGUCCGGACUGGAGGGACCGUCUCGAGUUCUUCGAGGAGAAACCGUUUGCGGCGGCGUCCAUCGGGCAGGUCCACGCCGCCAGGAUGAAGGACGGACGAGACGUCGCCAUGAAGAUACAGUACCCCGGAGUGGCUCAGAGCAUCGACAGCGACGUCAACAACAUCAUGACGGCUCUGAAGCUCAGCAACAUGCUGCCGGAGGGUCUGUUUCCCGAGCACAUGAUUGAGGUGAUGAGUCGGGAGCUGGCUCUGGAGUGUGACUACAUACGGGAGGCCGAGUGUGCCAGAAAGUUCCAAGAGCUUCUGAAGGACGACCCGUACUUCUACGUUCCGGACGUGAUCCCGGAGCUGAGCGGCUCUCACGUCCUCACCACGGCUCUGGUUCCCGGAUUCCCUCUGGACCGAGCCACCGACCUGAGCCAGGAGCUCCGGGACGAGAUCUGUGAGCAGAUCCUGACGCUGUGCCUCAGGGAGCUGUUUGAGUUCAGAUACAUGCAGACCGAUCCCAACUGGUCCAACUUCUUCUUCGACCCACAAGCUCACAAGGUUGCUCUGCUGGAUUUUGGAGCUACGAGAGGAUUUGAUAAAAGCUUCACCGACACUUACAUCGAGAUCAUUAACGCAGCGGCUCAGGGCGACAGAGAAGGAGUCCUGCUGAAAUCUAGAGACAUGAAGUUCCUCACAGGAUACGAGUCCAAGGCGAUGGAGGAUGCCCACGUGGAGGCGGUGAUGAUCCUGGGCGAAGCGUUCUCCUCCACGGAGCCUUUUGACUUCAGCUCUCAGAGCACUACGGAGCGGAUCCACAGCCUGAUCCCCGUCAUGCUGAGGGAGCGCCUCACCCCCCCGCCCGAGGAGACCUACUCGCUGCACCGCAAGAUGGCCGGGUCCUUCCUCAUCUGCUCCAAGCUGCGCUCGCGCAUCUCCUGCAGCAGCAUGUUCAAGGCGGCGUACGAGAAGUACUGGAGGGACCCUCGGGGAGUCUCUGGAUAACCUCGAUUAUCUGCAGCCUGGGCCGGUAUUCCUGACGUCUGCAUGCAUCGUAUUCCCGUCCCGUUGUGUGGAGAUUUGUACUGUUGUGCCAAACCUGAGUCUUGCCGGUGCAGUUUGUUGUUUCUGUUUCUUCUGAACUAAAUAAAUCUGAAUGUCUGCAUGCAUCGUAUUCCCACCAUUUUCUUUAAAGAAGUCACACUUUUUGUCUCCCUUUUUUUUUCCUUUUCAAACUUUUUUCCUCCAAAUUUCGACUUCUUUGAAUUUCCGAAAUGCUUUCUUCAUAAUACGAUCCAGUCGGAGAUGUUCCUUGCAUCCCAGCAGCUCCAAGGGCAAAUAUAAAGCCAGGAUACAAGGGGACAAACAUUUGAAGUUGUAUGGUGUACCAACCUCAGGGCUGUCAGAGGAGAUAAACUGACUCUGAUGCAAUAUAUAUGCAUCCAAAUAUCAAACAACAUGUCAAUAAUGUGAUCUUUUCUGUCCCAUUAGGAGUGAUUUUAUUGAUUUAGAGUCAGUAAAACACACCAGAAACAUGCAAACAUAUCAGAGCACUCUAAAUGUUGUCCUUAGUUUCAAUCUUUAUGGUUUAUUCGACUUGUUGUUAUAAAUGCAAUGUAAUACAUGCAUUGUUUCCCCUGCAGACGAACAUGAACAUUGCUUUUUAAAGUUGUGUACAAACUAACCAUCAGUGUGUCCGUGUGUUAUCUGGCUUAACUCAACCUAACAUCUCGCUAAACGGUCCAGGUCAAAUCAACCCAGGGUUUCAGUGUCCGGCUGAAGGAGGGUGGGGUUAGCAACAAUGGGCCAAUCAGAAGCCGGGAAAAGCAACCUGACCGCACAGCAGUAAGGCUUUAAACAGGCAUGAUUCAAACACCAUCAAUAUAUGGAGUUUGUGAUGUUAUUACAUUGAAUUAGAAACAUCAAAACCCCCAGCAAACAUUUAAGACACAUAUUUUCUCUGAGGAAAGGAGGAUAUUAUAUUUCACGAGGUGAAGUUUAACAUAUCUCAAUGACAGCUGAUUGGAAAAGUAAUAAUGUUCAUGUUGCGUUUCUUUUCUUCCGUUCACUAAAGAAAUGUACAGAAAAGAUGUGUGAUUGAAGUCAAAAACAAAUCGGCAUCAAUGACUCGAGGCAAUAUGUAUUUAAAUGAUUACGAUUAAGUUAUCACUGAUUGAAAGGCAGAGGAAUAGAUUUAGUAAGAGCUUAAAGAGCCGGUGUUACUCUCUUUCAAACUCUCCGGCUGUGUUUGAGUGUUGGACUUUCCCAUUUAUUAAUUGUCUUUUUGUUUCUGAAUGUGUGUUAGAGCCUGUAUGGGAAGCACUUUGAGUUGCCAUUGUGUCUUAAGAUGUGCCGUACAAAUAAAGUAAAACCGACGUGAAUAAAAGUGAA